AUGGACGUGAUGGAGAUGAGGGAGGCUCUGGGAGUUGAGCUGCUGUGUGGACAUAACACGGACAAUCUGGAGCCUCCAUCCAAUGUGGUGCGAGUGUUCAUCAGCUCCACAAUCUCAGAUCUUAACAGUGAACGAAAUGCAUUUUGGGAAAAAGCCUAUCCUGAGUUACAAAGCUACUGUCAAAGUCUUGGCCUGGUCUUUGAGGUUGUGGAUUUCCGCUGGGGUUUGUGGGAUUUGAUCACUGUUGAUCACAUAACAACUGAACUGUGUCUUCAGGAGAUACAAUCAUGUCAGAAAGUGUCGCUUGGACCUAGUUUUAUUGCUUUGGUUGGCAGUCAGUAUGGACACAGACCCAUUCCACACCUCAUGUCAGAGCCUGAGUUUGAGUUACUGCUCUAUAAACUUUCUCAGGACCAAGAAGGCUUGACAGUACUUAAGAAAUGGUUCAUUAAAGAUGAUAACUCAGUACCACCAAAAUAUGUGCUUCAGCCAAUCACCACACACUAUCCUCAUUAUAAUGAUACAAAGCCUGAGGCUAGCCCACAGCAUGAUGCUGACACUUUGUCUUGGAAUCUCACUGAAGCUCGAUUAUUGCAGCUGUUAUGCAGAGCUGCGCUGCAAGCCGAGAAGGAUGGGGACUUUAGUGCAGAGCAGAAGCACAAGUUCUUCAAGUCAAUGAUGGAAUGGGAGAUGGAGCAGAGUUUUCUCACAAUUCAAGACCAGGGCAAGCCUUCGCCUGUCAUCUUUGUCAGGGAACUACCUCAUUUGAAGAAAGGUGAAAGCCAUAAGCAUGCAAAGUUGGUGGAUGUCACAGCUGAUGGUCUCUUUGACACCGAAGCUCAGAAACUGUUGACCAAUCUCAAACAGCGUAUCUCUAGUGCCUGUUCAAGUCAUCUCACCUUAGAACUCAGUAAAAAUGCUAUGGAUGUGAAUCGUAAGGAGCACAAGGUGUAUCUGGAGAGAUUCUGUGAACAGAUUGUAUGUCAGAUAAAAGAGAGGAUUGCCAAGCAAACUGCUCCAUCAACAGGGCCAAGGUGGCUGUGGAUUCAACAGGAGCUUGUUCAUCAUGCAAAGCUAAGUAAGGACAAGUGUGCUAUUUUUAUUGGAAGAGAUGGUCCACUGGCAAAGCUCUGCCUCACAAUGUGGGAGUCGACAAGCAUACAACAUGCACCACUUGUAGUCUAUGGGCCUCCAGGAAUCGGUAAGACUGCUCUGCUGUGUAAACUGGCCCAGGAGAUGCGGACAGUUCUCGAUCCACAAGCUGUGGUUGUUCUCCGGCUUCUUGGAACAUCUCCAAUCAGCUCAGAUGUCGAUUCUGUCCUAAAGGGGAUUUGUUUACAGGUUUGUGGAGCUUUGGGACUGGCAACUCCCUGCCCUGAGAUUGCAAACACACAUGAGAAGUUGGUAAGGUUCUUCCAUGCCAUGCUACAGAAAGUGUCUGAAGAUGGAGAAACAUUAGUUCUCAUCCUGGACUCCUUGGAUGACCUCUCAUGGGCCAACAAUGCCCAUAAAUUGCACUGGAUACCUAAAGAAAUUCCUCCUAAUGUACAUUUGGUAGUGUCGACCCUAUAUGACGGGUCUCGUUUGAAGAGAUUAAAAGCUCUAGUUGGUGAUGAUAAAUUUUUCUUCGAAGUAGAACCACUGAAUUGGGAUCAAGGGCAGGACAUCAUUAAUGCCUGUCUGAAUGUUGCUGGAAGAAGACUUACGUCUGAACAAAUAAAUGCAAUCACUAGCAGCUUCCAAAAGAGCGGAAGUCUUUUGCAUCUGAAGCUAAUGUUGGACAUGGCAAAGCAGUGGUCAUCCUACACCUCCAUGUCUGAUAUUCACCUUGGCAGCUCGGCACAGGAAGUGAUCUCAUUGUUUCUCCAAACACUGGAAAAAAAACAUGGAGAGAAGCUUGUCCGCCAUGUGCUUGGUUACAUUACCUUAUCAAGACGUGGCUUGUCGGAGGCAGAACUACGUGAUAUCUUGUCUGUAGAUAAUGAUGUUCUUGCAGAAGUCUACAAAAGCCGGCUCCCCCCGAGCCACACGCUCAUACGCUUUCCUCCUCUUCUUUGGGCACGUCUCAGACAUGAUCUGAGAGAUCACCUAGUGGAGCGUUGGGAAAAUGGCAUUACUGUGUUAGUGUUCUCCCGAAGGCAGUUUACUGACGUUGUGAAGGCAAAGUAUCUUUCUGUGGAGCACCGAGUUCAAAUGCACAGUAUUCUCAGUGAAUACUUUUCAGGUCAGUGGAGUCAGGGCCAGCUCAAACCCAUACUUCUGUCAUCGCUGGGGACCCAAUUGAAUGCUGACAGAAAGGUGCCGCAUCAGCCCCUAUGGUACGCUGAAGGAGUGGCCAAUCUCAGAAUGCUGCACGAGCUGCCUUAUCAUCUUAUUCACGCAGGCAAAUGGGAGGAACUGCGUCACUCGCUGCUAGGCAAUUUGGACUGGUUGUAUUGUAAGACCCUCAGCUGUGGCGUGGCCAGUGUAAUUCAGGACCUGUCACUCUGUGUUGACAUCAUAGACUGUCCUGAGAUCCAACUUAUCAGGGACUGCUUCCUGCUCCUGAAGCCUACCUUAGAUUUCAUUGAUGGAUACACAGACUUACCCCUUCUAUUCACUGAGAUCACUGCCAGGCUUCAGGCUCUGGCUCCUGUGUAUCCUUCGCUGAUUGGGCGCCUGUGCUCACAGUGCGACAGUUGGCUCACUUCCUGUACAGACCCUGUGCUUGUGCCCAAGAGUAGCUUCUUACAACCUCCUGGAGGACCUUUGAUAAACACCCUCAGUGGUUCUGCAAAAGGGAUUACUGCAGUAGAUCUUUGUUUGGAGACAGAGUUACUGAUAGCUGGAUCAGUGGAUGGAGAGUUGAUUGCAUGGGACCUAAAAUGUCUUGAGAUGCUUCAUACAAUUGAAGGACACACAGGUGCAGUGCAGUUCGUGAAGCUUGUUAAGAAAGGUGAACACUGCUUGUCUACUGGACUUGAUGGCUCCCUUAAGAAAUGGAGUCUGCUCACUGGGAAACAGCUCUACUGCAUUCCCACUCUGGUCUCGGUACAACCCUGGCCUACUGACCAGAUCCUUGUGCUUGAGUCUAAGGCAAUGGUCCUGUCCAACACACAGGGACAAGUCAAAUCAUGGCAUUUAGACACUGGAGAGCUUCUUUAUGACGUUGAUGUGAAAGGAGAGUGUUCGAUCCUUAGUGCACUGGGAGAGGAAGUGGCUGUCAUGUCCAGUGAUGGUCAAAUCUGGAUCAUUGAUUCAAACACUGGCCUAGAAAAAUCUUACUAUAAGCUCACCUUCGCUCAGGGUUUCACUGUAUCCAGUGUACUUUCACUCCACCGACAUGGAAAACUCCUCAUUGCAUCUCAGGAUUGCUCACUGAAUAUGGUCUCAGCCAGUGGCUCGCUAUCUGAUGCUGAACUUCCUGCACCCGCUUCAUUUAUGUGCACUUCAGAAGAUGAAAAUGUUCUCUUUGCAGGCUGUGACAGAACACUAGCGGUGCUACAUGUGAAUCCAGCCUCUGUGCACAAAACCCAGGAGCUCCAACAUGAAGCCACUGUCUUAUCAGCUGUUUCAUUCAGCCAAGGAAGUAAAGUCAUUACUGGAUCUCAGGAUCAAAUUAUACGGGUUUGGGGUUUAGUCACUGGACACCUCCUCGACUCCUUCAGUGGUAUGGGAUCUCCUGUCACCUUCGUAUCUACGUACAACAGCACGAUCAUCUCAGCUUCAACCAGGUCUGGUUACCUCAAACUGUGGCACCUAGACUAUGAUCCCAAACACAAAAUCCAGACCUGUAUUCCUGCCAACUGCCCCACGGUUGUAAUAUCCAAAGAUGGCAACACGGUACAUUUUAUCAGAGAUGAGGACCGAGCCAUGGUGUUCGCAUGGAACUGCGCUGAAGGUAUAUCUUCUGAUACCCUGGACGUGUGCUCAGAGGUGUGUUGCAUGGAACUGGCACAACAGAAACAGCUUCUCUUCUGUGGCCUCUGCACUGGUACCGUACUCAUCUACCCUUUAACCUUUCCCCAAGAGACCCUGUGCCUUCCUCCUCCAGAGAACCUGCCCACUGUGCGCAGCAUGGCCAUCAGUCCCAGGGAAGACAAGGUUGCUGUGGCCUAUGAGGAUGCGGUGUGCUUGUUCGAGAUCACAGCAAGAGACAACUUCCCAUGUGUCGAGGGCCCAAUCCAACACUACUCACUCUCCCUGCUUCACUCACCUGUAUCAGCAAUGGCUUUGCUGCCUGACCGUAGACUCCUGUAUGGUACUUUUGGAGGGGAGGUAGCAAUCUAUGACUUCAAGAGUGCCACAGCGGCAGAGCUAGAUCACCAUGGGGCUGCUAUCACCUGCAUUGCCCUGAGUAACUGGGAUAAACAUGCUCUGGUAGGAUCUGAAGACUGUGUCCAGAAGCUUUGGAAUUUGAGUCCUGUGCUACUGGACCAUACUAUGGAGUACAAGGGUUUCUACUUUGAGGGCAUUCUGUGUGCAGCCUUCUCUGUAAAUGAUAAGUACGUGUUUACUGGUUCUCGGGACAAAACCAUCAAAGUCUGGGACGUGUCUACAGGAUCUCUUUUAUACAUCCAGUACGUUUAUGCUGCAGUCAUCAGGAUUACACCCUACAAGGAUGGGUUUGUAGCCAUUUCACAGCUCGGCUCUAUCAUCAAAGAGGGCUUCCAUUGUCCAAACACACUGACUCCAGGCUACAACCCGCUCCGUAACUUCAGCGCUCACUAUCGCGUGACUUCACGUGAAAAGAGUCCAGAAGAUUCUCACUCUGUGACUACAGGGCUUCACGAUUACAAUCCAGCUCAGUUUAACUUCAUGAACAUACUAAACAUCAAGACUAAACAAUCCAGCACGUGUGUCCUCUUAUGAAA